AUGGCUCGUUGGCAACUGGAGCAUCCGCAGGGUGUUCGAGUUGGGGUCUUGGAACAAGUCUUUGGCUCUCAAAGCCUGGCCUCCUCUGUCGAACGUCUUCUGUUCGUGCGAGCCCAGAUACCUCUUGGAAUAAUAAUCCUCAUGUUUUGGUCGUUGUCCCCUCUUGGGGGGCAAGCUGGCCUACGGCUACUGUCCCCCGGUGAGGGCAAUGUGGGACUAACCGGUCAGGUGUACUAUCUUCAUCCAAGCUACCAGGUUUCAACCUCAAUGUCCAGCGGUUGGGUCUUACGAUUCCAGACCAACGUCAACUCGCUAUACUCAGCAAGUCUCAUUUCCUCGGCAGCUCAGAAGAAGCUGCCCCAAGAUCUUUGGGGCUUGCCGCGCAUUCCGCAAUGGAGAGAAGAGCGUCGAAAUCAACCCGGAGAGUGGUAUGAAGUCGAGAAAAACUCCACUGAAUACGUUUCGCUUCUAGGACUGAAAGUACAAGGUCUUGCCUUACGCUACAGUCUAGUCGAGUACAAUUACGUACUGCAAACAUCCUAUGUAAAUUUCCACCAAUGCAUUCAUAAUACUACGUCUUACGCAGAAGACGCGGGAGAGUUCUCGAGCUUUAGCUCUAGCUUGUCGUUUAACUUCAGCGACAAUGGGUUGUUGGGACUGUGGGAAAAAGACAAAAUUACGCCUUCGAUUAUAUACCGCAGCACGGACAGACAUAGUGUCGCAUCUUUUACUUGCGAUAUGGAGGCAGUUGUUCUCGAAACGGAAAUGAGGUGCAGGCCAGAUGCUGACACUCCUGGCUGUUUGGCUGUGCGCCAACGGCGAAUCGAUGAACCAGACUGCAGCAACCAACUCCUGCAAAAUAUUUUGGGAAGACCUCCUGCGUCCAAGCAACUUCUGCAGAGCUGGGUGAAUGCAUCGGGGACCAACUUUCAACUGAAAGCGUGGCCCACCGAUGCCUAUCUUGCUGGUGAGGAUUCGCCGUAUGGAAUGAAAAAAUACGUUGACUGGGCGGACAUAGCUGGGAAGGGAGGCCUAAACCUACAAGCGAUAUCAAGGCGAAUGACAACGUCUUUCAACACGUUCUGGUGGGCUUCCCUUAAUCCAGUAGGUCACACCAACAUAUCAUUUUCAGGGACACCAGAAAACACUCAGAGGGCAUCAACAACCGAUCCCAAUACACCAGUGUUUUUAAAUUCAACAGAUGCAACAGCCAUAAUUAAGAAAGAGGUCUACUUCGCCAACCGUCAUUGGGUCGCGAUCCUCACCACUACGACAUUGAUCCUAGAACUCAUGGCACUUCUCGGUUUCGUCCUAAGAUUUGUGAUACGCGGGCCAGAUAUCCUAGGGUUUGCAAGCUCGCUUACGCGAGAGAAUCCAUACACUCCAAUUGCAGCUGGAGGCACAGGUCUAAAUGGCCCGGACAGAGCAAGGAAACUGAAAGAGGUGCGGAUACAACUUCUUGAUGUCCGCCCUGACGAUCGAUUUGGACACAUCGCUGUGAGAGAGCUGCCGAAGAUAGCACAGCAACAACAUGAGGAGACAAGCUCAGAAGAGGAGGACAGAAACACUAGUGAGAGUUGGCGGCCGUUACCGAAAGAGAGGCUGUAUUCGUAA